GUCAGACUUUGAACUGCGCACUGGCGCUCAUCACUGCUUAUCUCUGACCGCUGCUUGUCAUCAAAAGACGCUGGUCACUGACACUUAGCGAACUCAGAUGUAAAGAUUAGGAUGAACAGUUGUUGAAAGAAAGAGAGAGAGAGAAAGAGAGAGAAAGAAAGAAGGAAAAAUCCAUAGAGCAUCUCUAAGGGAACAGAGCGGGGAUUAAACGUUCGCUUUAACGUUUACUCGGGAGUUGAGAUGGUCCACACCAGGGAUGUGUUUUUCGCCUUGCUUUUCGUGGGCUGUGCAGUUUCACUGGAAGUUCAGAUCACACCUGUUCUUGGUGAGAUCAGCCUUGGAGAGUCCAAAUUCUUCAUGUGUGAUGUUGUAGGCGUUGCCAAACAUUUGGACUGGUAUGGCCCAAGCGGGGAUCGGAUAGACCCCAAUAGACCAGACUUGACUGUAACCCGCAACGAUGAGUCAUCUUCCACCCUCACAUUUUAUAAAGCUAAGACUGAUAGUGCCGGGAUGUACAAGUGUGUCGCUACCAACGGAGACCAGCAAGCAGAGGCAACCAUCACAGUAAAAAUCUUCCAAAGAAUAACCUUCACAAAUGCUCCAUCUCCUCAAGAGUUUACUGAAGGAGACAAUGCAAACAUUGUCUGUGAUGUCACCAGCUCACCUUCACCCACUGUUUUUUGGAAAUAUAAAGGAGCAAAAAUACAGUUUGAAAAAGAUGUUCGUUUCAAGGUACUGAGCAACAACCACCUUCAAAUCCGUGGCAUAAAGAAGACAGAUGAGGGCUUGUACGUGUGUGAGGCUCGCCUCAUGUCACGCGGCGAGAUUGAUAUGCGUCCCAUCAGCGUAGUGGUGAAUGUCCUCCCAACCAUCAGAAUAUGGCAAUCAGAGGUGAAUGCCACGGCAGAUGUUGCCCAGCCUGCCACUUUGACUUGUGCUGUUGACGGCUACCCAGAACCCAUGGUGACCUGGAUAAGGAACAGCGUUGAACUUAGAGAUGAAGAAAAGUACAGCUUUAAUGAAGAUGGCUCAGAAAUGACUAUAAUGGAUGUUACCAAACUGGAUGAAGGAGAAUACACAUGCAUUGCCAAAAACAAGGCUGGGGAGAGUGAGAAGGAACUGAGCCUCAGAGUGUUUGUAAAACCCAGGAUCACUUACAUAGUGAACCGGACCACUUCAGAGAUGGAAGAACAGGUAACUGUUACUUGUGAAGCAUCUGGGGAUCCAACUCCAACCAUCAGCUGGAGCUACGGUGAGCAAGUUUUCGCUGAAGGAGACCAGGCACAUCUAAACAGGAUCUAUCAGGCAUCAUGGACUCGGCCUGAGCAGCACAAGAGCCCAGAUGGAAAUGUGGUUGUAAGGAGUGAUGCUCGUGUAUCCUCCCUCACUCUGAAGUAUGUCAAGUAUACAGAUGCUGGUCAGUAUCUCUGCACAGCACGCAGCGCCAUUGGAGAGGAUGAACAAAUUGCUUAUCUGGAGGUCCGCUAUACGCCUAAGAUCCAUGGAACAGUCGCAGUUUACACCUGGGAGGGAAAUCCGGUCAAUAUCAGCUGUGAGGUCAAGGCUUUUCCCACUGAUGUGUCAAUUGUUUGGCUGAGAGAUGGACUGCAGCUCCCAAACUCAAACACAACCAAUAUCAAGAUCUUCAGAACUCCUUCAUCCAGCUACCUACAGAUUACUCCUGAGUCUGAAAAUGAUUUUGGAAGCUAUAACUGCACCGCCUCCAAUGAGAUGGGCACCGAGUCCAAGGAGUUCCUGCUCAUUCAGGCUGAGGUUCCAUCAGCUGUAGUAUUCAAUGAGGUGAGGCCUUUCUCCACCACUGCUCUGAUCCAGUUUGGGGAGCCAGAAUCUCUCGGAGGCGUUCCUGUUCUGAAGUACAGAGCUCAGUGGAGGAUGCAGGGCAGGGGCAGUUGGAUACAGAAGGUCUACGAGGUCACGGAUGGAUUCAUCAAUGAAGUGACAAUAACGGGCCUGAAGCCAGAGAGCCGCUACGAGGUGAAGCUUUCAGCCAUUAAUGGCAAGGGUGAAGGAGAGAGCAGCCCUGUCCAGUUCUUCAAGACGGAGCCUGUUCCCCCCAUUAGCAGAAACGACCUUUUUCAUUUUUUCACUGACAGCACAGAAGGAAAUCCAAACCCUCCUAAACUUGAGGGAUCACUGCAGCCUAAAGGUAACUCCCUCAAAGUCAGCUGGAUUAAGCAGGAUGAUGGCGGAUCUCCCAUCCUGCAUUACCUGAUCCGCUACAAACCAAUCCAGGCGUCAGUGUGGAAGCCCGAAAUCCGGAUGCCCAGUGGCAGUGAUUACGUCAUCCUGCAGGGAUUAGAGUGGGACACAGACUAUGAUGUGUAUGUGGUGGCUGAGAACCAGAAGGGGAAGUCCCCACCUGCCACCAUGUCCUUCAGGACAUCUGCAGAGCCAGAGGCCAUCCCAGCCACUCAGGGCAGCUCAUCCGUGACAUGCACUUUGGUAUCACUCAUCUCGUCCCUCAUCGCUGUUCUCCUGCUAUCAUAGUUCACGUCUGGGAUUUACACCUUAACAGUAGAGGAGAGCAUGCCUUUUCUCUGGCCUGGCUUUCUCUCUGGACGUUUUUUACCACUUAUAACAGACUUUCUCCAUGACAGAUCUGUUUCUGUCAUGGUGGAGAAACGGUUGUUGUGUGGUUUCAGAACAGACCAGACAGAUUUAAUGAACCAAAGGCAGUGGAAAACCUUCGCCUCCCACAGAUUCACUCUGCUCAGCAUUAGCACAGAUAGUCGUCAGCUCUAGACAACAGAGAGAAGUGCAAGUUUACAGUUAUGAACAGAGGUGGACUUAUAAUAAAAGUUGUUUUUUUUUUUAAAGUAGCACAGAGUCGAGUAAGAACCAAGUACUGAACCUUUCUGUUUACAUAAACACUGCAUUAUAUUUCUUCAUGGUUCAUAAAGUUGUCGCUUAAUGUUUGGAUCAUUAACACUAAUAGCCCUGGGAAAAAAACAAAAAAAAACUUUUUAACUGUUUAUAUUGGCAGAGAUUCUCAAAAUGUUUACUGAAAUACAGAACAUUUAUUUUUGUGCAGAUGAUUACAUGUUUUCUGGUGCAAAUGUUUUUAAUCUGAUGUCCACACAAAUGACUUUAUGUUUUUAUAUAUUUAUAUUUGGAAGGUGCUUUAUUCAGCUACAGUGCUGUAAAAAAGUCCCCCUCCUCCUAACAGAUUUAUUCUGCUGUAUCUGUUUUUUGCCGUUUAAGUAUUUCAGAACAUCAAAGUAAAAUGCUAAAAAUCCAGUGGGAAAAAAAUUUCCCUCUUUAUUUUAAUCUUAAAACACCAGCAAUUAAGUAGUUUUUGAUCAAUUUUAGCUUAAAAAUGCCUGAUUACUGCCAGACCUGCAGAAUCCAUAAACAACUCAAACAGAACCUGUAUGACAACAUGAAGUAGGCUAUACUUUCUUACAGCACUCUAUCUUUUGUAACCUAGCGGACUUAUUAACUUUAGGCAUGGGUCUGUUUGUUCAUUAGAGAAGGAUAUGCAUUAAAAUAUGUUUCACGGGCAACAAAUUAUGUAUUAUUCUUACACAAAGUGAUACAUCAACAACCAUUUUUUACCAACCGUGUUCGAAUCAACCAAACAAAAAGCCUGUAAGUAUUUGACAAAUGAUUGAUAAACAAAAAAAACAAAUCAACAACUGUCAAUUAACAUGUUUGUACUAAGUAAAAUUUUAAUCUGAACUAGAGCUGUGAAACGUCACUUAAGGGUAAGAAAUAACAUAAGGAAGGUAUUAAUGGGUGAUAGAAACACAAAAUUAUUUUUGAAUACUGCUCCUCUGGCCUAAAACAAUGUUAUUGUACCAGAGAAAGUGGGAGAUUUAAUAUGGCUUUCUACAUUUAGAGUAACACAGCUUGGCACCUCCCCCACCUGUUGCUUUAGCGUGUCAAUAAAUUGCCACAUGAAAAAGGUAGCAAAAAUUGCAUUGAUGUGGACUUUAAACUUCUCCAUGUAUUACUGUUAUUAGGUUGACAACAUUUUACUGAAUGGGGCAUGUCUGUUAAGCAAUUAAAUAGUUAAUAUAAGUUUACAAUAAGUAUAAUAUUAUGCACAAUAAACACAGGAGUAUUACUACAUUUACGAGGUGCUUAUUCUUUAUUAUUUGUUCAAGUCUGUGUAUCAAUAUUCAAAAGACUGAAUAAACAGGAGCUAUUAUACGUAAUCUUAUUGUAGUAGGUUAAUCAAUGUUUUAUCAUUUCAACUGUAAAAAUGUUGCUUUUCUGAUUACAAUAUAUGUUUUUUUGUGACAAACCCAUCAUAAUCUGGUGUUUUUACCGAAGGUCAUCAAAUCCCAUACUGACCCUUGCCUAAUUCAGCCAAUAAUCUAAAUCCCAGUCAUAUAAAACAUUCAGCUGUCUGUAAAAAAAAAAAUAAAAAAAUUAUUCCAGGUAUCAAAAUAACAAGUUUGUGUGUCUCAAUGCAGGUCUGUCCAAGCAAAGCAAUGUGUAAUGUUAGGAGUGUUAGUGGCUGUUUGUAAGUAGUCAUAAUGUUAUGGCUGAUUGAUGUACAUAUUUAAAUACUGUAUAGGAAUUCUGUUACAACUAAGGAUAGUUUAAGGAAAAGAAUAAAGAAUUCAGUUUUUGUUGUUAUAUUUUCGGAAAAUGUUACCCUGCAUGUAACCUACAAAACACUGUAAACUCUGUUUUUCUAAUAUG